CUCAACACCCAAAUCAACAGUUAAAUAGGAUGUGGGAGGUCUCGUGACAGCCCAUCUCGCCCGAGCAGGAUGGGACCAAGCCCCAGCCCCACAAAGAGUUAACAGCAGCCAAACUGCGCAGGGACUCAGAUCAUAACCAGCUCCCUCCAGCUUUGUUUUAUGUGGGGCAGAACCCAGUUGUUGACAAAGGCUGAGAAACAUUGGCCCAGGCCUCGGGUUUCACUAGGACACGCCCGUGCGACGGCACAGGUGCCUGAUGCAGUGCGGUGCUGCCGCAGCUCAGCAUGGCUUCUCACGGGAUCACUGUCCGUCUCCUCGGCGACCCGAGCUCGGAGCCCGCCCAGGCCGUCCCGCACUCAGGGCAGGGGUACCAGGAGCUCAAGCGGCAAUGCCUGGAGCAGCGCCGCCUCUUCACUGACCCGUUCUUCGACGCCGUCCCCAGCUCACUUGGAUACUGGCAACUCGGACUUGGGUCGGAGAAUAUUAAGGGGCUGGAAUGGAAGAGGCCACAGGAAAUUUGCAGGUCCCCAAAGUUCAUAGACGAGGACAUGAGCCGGACUGAUGUCAAACAGGGCAAGCUGGGCAACUGCUGGUUCCUGGCUGCAGCCGCGUCUCUCACCCUCUACCCACAGCUCAUGCAGAGGGUGGUACCCAGGGGGCAAAGCUUUGCACCGGAGGACUAUGCUGGCAUCUUCCAUUUCCAGUUCUGGCAGUACGGGCAGUGGGUGGAUGUGGUGGUUGACGACCGGCUGCCGGUGAAGUACGGAAAACUGGUCUUCGUGAGCUCCUGCCAGAGUGAUGAAUUCUGGAUGCCCCUGCUGGAGAAAGCCUAUGCCAAGCUCAAUGGCUCUUAUGAGGCCAUGAACGGCGGGUACAUGAACGAGGCCUUUGUGGACUUCACGGGCGGGAUCGGGGAAACCUACGAGCUCAAGAUGCCCAAUCCAGAGCUCUUCAAAAUCAUCCGCGCGGCCCUCAGGAAGAGGUCUCUGAUGGGGGCACACAUCAAGGUCACCCGGCAAGAGGACAUGGAGGGACACACGGCAGAGGGGCUGGUGAAGGGACACGCCUACUCCAUAACGGCUUUUCGCAAGCUGGAUCACAGGGGCAAGAAGCUAAAGCUACUGCGGCUGAGGAACCCCUGGGGAGAGGUGGAGUGGAACGGCCGGUGGAGCGACCACUCCUCGCUGUGGGCGGGGCUGGAUCCCCAGCUCCAGAAGAGCCUACAAGUGAGAAAGGAAGACGGGGAAUUCUGGAUGCAAAUGGACGACUUCCUGCGGUACUUUGACGCCCUGGAGAUCUGCAGCCUGACUCCAGACUUGCUGGAAGAGGAGAAGGGGGUCGGCUGGAACGUUCACUCCUUCCAGGGGCGCUGGAGCACUGGCUAUACCGCCGGCGGGUGCAGGAGCUCGGGCCUUCGAGACGGCUUCUGGAUGAACCCCCAGUACCACGUCCGCCUGCUGGAGGCGGAUGAGGCCGACCUGCAGAAGCAGCGCCCGGACCCCAGCUGCACCCUGCUGGUCUCCCUGAUGCAGAAGGACCGACGCCAGGACAGGAAGAGGGGAAAGGACUUUCUGCCCAUUGGCUUUGAGAUCCUGAAGAUGUCCAAGCAGUACCUGGAGCUGAAGAAUAUGUCCCAGAGGAGGGCGCUGCUCCCGUCUCUCCGUGCCGUGUAUUGGACCGCGCACGUGCCCAUGAGGGAUGUCUCCGGCCGCUACAGGCUGCCGCCGGGCGAUUAUCUCAUCAUCCCCAGCACUGGCUACCCGAUGGAGGAAUCCAGCUUCACCCUGCGCAUCUUCACGGAGAAGGCAAACAAGUCCCUGGAAAUCGAUGGUGAAAUCAGAGCAGACAUGAGACCCCUUCAGAGAAUCUCCAACGAGAAGGAAUUUGAGCAAAUCUUCCUGAGGCUUGCAGGACCGGACAAGCAGAUCGACGCUGCCAAACUGCAGGAUAUCCUGAACAAGGUCAUGGCAAAGCAUAGUCAAACGAAGACAGAUGGGUUUGGCCUGGAGCGCUGCCAGAAGAUCAUCCAGCACUUCGAUCACAGCAAGACUGGCAAACUGACGCUGCCAGAGUUCAAGCACCUGUGGAGCAAGAUUAAAGAAUGGGAGGCUGUCUUUAUCCAGUAUGAUGUGGACCGCUCAGGGACGAUGAACAUCCACGAAAUGCAGCUGGCGCUGGAUGCAGCGGGUUUCCACUUGAACCACCAGCUGAGGGAGACCAUCACAAGCAAAUACCGCGACCACUACCUGAUGAUCGACUUCGACAGCUUCCUGUCCUGCAUGGUGCAGCUGGAAGCCAUCUUCAGGCAGUGCCAAGAGUACGACAAAGCUGGUGCCGGGAUGAUCACCAUGACGCAGAAGGAGUGGUUGGAGCUUGCUACCCUCACCUAACCUGGAAGAGUGGAGAGUAUCGUCUCCUGGGAGGAUCAGCAACAAAUACCUAACAAGAUGCAAUUAAAAAAAAAAAUCAGUUAAGGAGGAUGCAUUAGGAGAAAUUGAAUAGAUAAUUUUGCACUAA